CGUACGUCAUCAGAUAAGAUCUAUAUAGUUGCUUAAUCCUUCGAGUUCGCAGAUAUCAAUGCAUGGGUAUAUGGACCGCCCGCCUGGUACUGCUUAGUUGUGCUUGGUAAAUGUGCUUGCGAGCAUAGAUAUCGGACGGAACAUACUUCAAAUUUUCUCAAUCGUCCCUGUUGUCUAACGUUAAAUAUGCAGAAAAUUCGACUUUCUUUUCCUCAUCAAAACUUCAAUAGUUCGUCCAACAGCCCUUCUUAGUUUGCAGCCAAGCAUGUUGGCCAAUGAUUCAUAUAGUACUGCAUCUACCAAUGUCGAGCUGACAUGUGUUCCAGAUGAUACUACUGGCUUGGAGCGCAUAAUGCUUGCGGCACAGGGCGAUUUACAGAGACUACUGAGCUCAUAUUUUGGCCGCCCUAUCUUUAUCGAACUUAUCUACGCACACUGCUCUUCCCGUCUUACCCCAGCAAGUUCAGAGAACCCCAUCACACAAUCACGACAGGUGCAUCUCGUGUGUGCGUCAUGCACUGUCUGCAUUGCAACAUCCACUGUUACCAUCACCUCUCCCCAAUGCGAGCGUCUAUUUCUUGAUGAAAAAUUCCCAAUCGGGCAGACUUUCCGACGACUUAAUCGUACUCCAAAGUUUAGUCUCCUCAACGUAGAGACACAGGCAAUUGAUGGGAAGCGUGAACUUCGGAGAACGUAUAAGCUGGAAACCGAGGGCUUCGUUGCAGAAAUCUUGGAAGUAUUUCCGGACAGAGACAUGUUUGUCCGUGGAGAAGCAUGGCUGAUGGAGCAGAGGGCUGACUUAAACACCCCUUCUGUCGUAACGGACACGAAGCCUGAGUGGCUGUCCGUGCGCAAAGGAAAUACUGUUCAUUAGGGUAUUACUGAAUGAAUUUGAUUCACUAGACCUUCACGUGUCUUGAUCUUUCUUACGAAGCACG